UAGUCAGAAAGAAGUUCUAAGAACCGAAAUCCGGAUACGUUGCUUAUAUGAACAUAUUCAUUGAUUCAUUGGUUACUUCGGAAGUUUUGUUCAUAUUGUCUGUAUUGUUAAAUAUCGGAUAAGUGAAAAUAUCACUGACGUUCACAGACUGCUUAUGAAACAAAAAGGCCACAACGGAAAAACACAUCGAACAACGGCUUCACUAUAUUUUAUGAUCAAGACCUUGCUUAUGAUAAUCCUUCUUUUAAUGGUGUUCGAAGGUGUGAGCCAACGUUAGCGACACAACAAAGGAAGAAGAAGUCGUCAUCAAAACACUCACAGCUGACGGGACCGUGGGCAAGGUCAGCUGGAUUGAUUUGUUUCAAGGAUUUUUGGUACCCGCCGACUUCCUUCCUGCCCAGCAGUUCCUCAUGAGAUUGUGAAUAAGCUGGAGAUUCUGUUAGAAAUGGAACAGGAAGUACUGAUCAGGGUUUCCAAUGCCUCACCAUACAAGCCUCCCUUGAAUAAGUGCCCGCUUACAGCAGUUAGUUGGCGAAGAAAAUCCAGAGAUGAGUUGUCUUCGCUAUCUCUGUCUGUUCUUAAAAUGCUGAAGAAAGAAUUACAAGACAUCGUUCAGAAUGCAUCAGGGGAAUUAGUAGGCUUGCUACAAGAACGUCAAGGAUUGCAAGAAGAAAUAGAUAUUCGCUCUAUCACAAUUGAACAGCUGCUCAAGUUUGCUGAGAAGAGACAGCUUCAGCUUGGUGAGCCAUUGGCUAUACAAAUGAGCAUAGUCAGGAACCAGCACGAAUCGGGUGUGGAAAGUGGAUUAGGGUAAAACUGGUCAAUUUUAGGGGAUGUAAACAGAUUUUAAUUGAAACGUUUAUAAAGAUUUAUUAGGAUUUGCAGUUUCUACAGAGGUGUUUCAUAUUUAGGUACACGUUAAUGUGAAGUGUCUUACAAGUUGCUGCUGUUCAGUAAACUUAUUGAACAUGAAAUUGCAUAUCAUAAAUAUUUUACACAGUUACACACAGUCAAGAGUGCCUGUAUUGAAAUUAUUUGGUUUUGAUGAUGGGGAUUUUUCAAGGUGAAGGUAAUGUAUUUGGUUGUGACUUGAUUUGCUGUGCUAUGCAUAACAGUUUAACCCAUGGAUGGGCUCUCUAUAAAGCUGGUAAAGUAAUUCAGGUUUAGAUAGUUGCCACAAAGUCUCCUCAGAAUCAGAGGAGUGCUUGUAGUACUACUGAUAUUGAAUUUUUAAAAGACUUACGACAAUAACCAGAAAGCAUUUUAUUCAACUUUAAUUGUUUUGGAUAUUUAAAAAUUCUUCGCAUACAUUUAUGCUGCCAUGACUCAAAUAUUAUUGGAUGAAGUGAAGGCAAACAAAGUGUUGCAUUGCUACAAGUCUUUGUUUAUUCAUUAUUAUGUUUCCAUACCUUAAUACUUCAGUGAAAGGGGCGUGUAGAGAUAUUUGUAUCAGUAUUCUAUUUAAGACAUGGAAAGUUGAUAUUUAUUAAGUAAUAAUACUGAAAUAGUUAUUCUUAUUUCAUUGCUUGGAGUAGCAUUUUUAAGUUUUAUAUAAUCCUAAUGUAGAUAUUAUAGUUGAGAAGUGAUUGUAAUUUUUGUUUGCUCAUAAAUCAAGAUUGGUGGUGAUUUCCAGUCAGGAAGAGUGGGUUCUUAUUGAUGUUUAGUUUUUAUUGUUAGUCUGGGUUUCUUGAUAUGAUAUGUACACUUGCCUUACUGUAGUAUCCUGAAAGGAUGUGCACUGAUUAUUGCCUUAGGCACUCACCAUUUUUGCGCAGCCUUAUAAAUAGGCUUUUGUUAUCUCCAUGGGAGCUUUUCUAGUGCUUAUGGAUGUGCAUUAACUAAACAAUAAGAGUAUAUGCCCUUAAGCAUAAGCAUGUUUAUUAUAGUGCUUAAAUCAAUUGUAUUGUGAGGAAAUACUGCAUUUAAUAACGCUGUUGAUCCACUCGUGUCGUAAUGAAAGGCAGUGAAAAUCCAAGUGCUGCUUGAUAGUGAUAGAGUGAGCUUUUUACAGGUGAAACACAGUUGUAACACUUGGAGACGCUUCCUUCAUAUUCUAAAUGUUGGUUUCCCUUGCUUUUUUUUCUUUCAACAGUGUAGUAUUCAGUUAGUCAGGCUGGUCUAUUCAGGUCAUGCUACAACAUACUGUGCAGCAAUUUGAUGAGUGAGUGUUCAUGAUUACACAGGAUUGUCCAUUCUUUAAUGACAUCCAGCUCUCUACAUUUUCAUGAGGGAUUUUACUGUCCUUGGUUAUUUUUAAAUUUUCAGGCUUGAGUACUUUGUUAAUCUCCACACACUGAAGGAUAGACCUGAAUAAUAUCUAGCAUUCUGAAUAACAAAAGCAGAAUUGAUAUCGAUGACCACUUUUCUGGGGAUUGAGAAGUUUAUCUGUUUGCUUGAUGAUUGCCAACCUUUUAAACUAUUCUUAGUUUGAGUUUUAUCUUUUUAUUUUGAUUGAUUGGUAGUUUACUUUAUAUUCUCAUACCUUGGCAAGUGACAUAUCGUAUUCAUGUGCCCUCCUUUCCAUAAAUGUAAGGUAAUAUUUCUAUUCCUUGUCAUUGGUAAUGAAUGUAGUUAUUCUGAUUUUUGGUAUUUUGUGAAGUGAGUGAGUUGUUCAUGGUACAGAUUUAUGCCCUCCAGUAGGUAAAUAUUGUGCAGUUGUUUCUAGUCCACUUAGUGAUUUCCGCCUAACUGGAAGCACUGUACUGUAGUACCUUUUAUGAGUUUACAUUGCACAUGUAGCCUCAUGUAUAUUAAUUUUUUAGUAUAGAGUUGAAUUACACAAGUUACAUUUGGAAUAAAAUUUCAGUGAAGACGGGUACAAAUCCCGUGUAUUUGAAAUGAUUGGCUGCCAAAGUAUGACAUUUUUAAUGUAAAUGGACCAUCUGAAUUAUAGAUUCCAGUUUUGUAAUUCAAUUCAACCUUAUCAGUAUUUUUUAUACUCUUUGUAGUCAGUAAAUGUACAAAGGAGUAAUACAUUUUACCCAGUGUUACCAAACUUUUCUUUCACAUGUUAGUGAUUUAAGUGGUUAUUUUAUCUACCUUAGCAUGUUUUGCCUUAAACUAGCUAUUUUUCAUAAUAUGUAUUAAGAAGUAUUCUUGUCCUGGUAGCAGCUAGUAAUUAUACUGUAUACAAUAAAAAUGAGUUUGCAUCAUGCUUUAUCUUCCAUGUACUUGUCCAAUUUUCUUCCUGUGUUCUGUAAUAUUGAUAUUUUUUUAUUCUGUAACGUGUUUCAUAGUUAUACCUUGUAUGCUUUUAAUCAUUGUUUGGUAAGCUACCCAUUCUUUAUAGAUUUAUUAAAAGAUUUUUUUUAAAUAAGUUCCAACUUAUAUUCCCCACAUAUAUUCCAACUUAAUUUUCUCUCAUGUUUGAUAUUUUCACUAGUAUUAUGAAAAUUGAAAUUGUUAAAUGAAAGUUAUUUCUCUCUUAAUAAUUCAUGUUUUUUUAGGAUUUAUUUUCAAUUGUAGAUACUAUUCCAAUAUGAAGUUAAUUUUUCUUUCUUUUAGAAAACAUGACCCAUUUUUAUUAUAUUUGAGUUAUUCUCAUCCUUUAUUUGCAGAGCUUUUAAAUUUCAGUUUUCUUUUUUUAUAUAUAUAUUUUUUUUAUGCACAAAGUCUGUCACAUUCCUUGGGUAAGCAAUUGAGUCAGUAAUGCCUUCUGAGGGUCGUUGAAGCCAGUAUAUCAGUUUUGAGCACAGUCAGUCAGAAAAAAUUUAAUAUAAAUCGCAAGGCUUUUGGAACCUAUGAGAAGUGUUAUGAGACCCCACAAGCUUUUUAUGCAAGUCAUACCGUAAUCUGCAGAGAAAGAAUAACUUAGGGCUGAGUAGGAUUGAAGGUACCUUAUAGGACCAGUAAUACACUGUUUUUGGAUUCAGAAUAAGCCUCUAAUCUGGACCUCGAAAUGAUUACCCUUUGGAAAUUUAGGGAAGCAGUGGGCCAGAUAAUAGUUUCAGAACUCGUAUUUUUCUCUGAAGUGAUGGAUGUGACCAAAACAUUUAAGAUGGAAUACACAUUUCCAACUUUAAGUACUUAUUGCAUUUAGCAGAACGAAACUGUUCUUACGAGUAAUUUUAGUCAAAAAUUUUGACCAAGAAAUAAAGCAAAAUAAAUCUUUUUCUAGUAUUUUCUGAACUUAUCCUGCCUGUUCCCAGUGUUUCUUUGUGGUAGUUGAUAAUCCUUGAAAUGUAGAGUUUGGUGACCAUUGCUUGCCUUUUACUGUUAAGCAUUACAACUCUUACAAAAUGCAGAAAUUAACUUCCCUUCAGGUCAAGCUAAACUGCUUCCUUCCUUCCCUCAUUUUUCUUGUCUGUUAUGCCCAGCUAAAUUUGAUAAAAAGAAUAGAACAAUGAAUAUCUCUGCAUAUUAUUAUUGUAGAUAAGGAAACAAAUGUACUUGGUUGUUUAUUGCAAUCAAGUUAUUUGGAGUUAUUUUAAUAAAAGUAGAAAAAUAUAAAAUAAUCACUAACAUCCUUGACUUUGUGACAGUAAUCAUGAGAUAUGUUCAAUAAUCAUGAGAUAUAUUCAAAGCAUACGUCUUGUGCUGUUACCAACAAAGAACUAUUAUUGAUUGAUGACUUUUACUAUUUUCUUCUUGUACUCUUUCCUUUUCUAUGUCUGCCUAUACAAAAGCUAAUGAUAUUAACUAUGAUCCCAUAAUACGAAAAUUGAUAGACUGAUAGAUUUUAUUUUCUAUUCAGUGAAAAAUGUAUACUACUGAAUUGUAAUCACAGAAGUUGUAGUAUAAACUACAGUAAUUAAUAUUUUACACCUUGAAUUAUGGUUGUCAAGCACAUAUUUGUAGUCACCAUGCUACUCUGUUGUAAGCCAAGAUACUUGAUAACAUACCAUCUCUUGGUUGUUGAGCGUCGUGUGGCAUCAUACUUUGGUAGUUACUGAAAGUGCACAUUAGCUCUUAAAAAACUGUUGAAGAGCAUAAUUUUUCAUACUAAUGUUAAUUGUGAAAUCAGAGCUUAGUACAAACAUGUAAAUCAAAUGCUAACUGUUUUCUUGUAUGAAAAAGUCACUUGUGUUGUUUACAGUAGUUUCAAGUGUGUUCACUUUGCAUUAUGUUGAUCAUCAGGGUACAUGUUGUAUUUCAUAGUUGCCAUAAGGCCAGUGUAUAUUGCAUGUAACAGUGAAUGAUUAAUAUCAGUACAGUAAUAGAUGCUAUUAAUAACAACACACAAAUCUGCUAGGAUCAAUAUUUUUACUGUGAAAUUGUAAUUCUUAUAAUUGUAUAGCAAGGAAACCAGUUUAAAGAAAAUGUCUUUCAUUACUUUUCGUAAAGUUUAUUUCAUAUGCUUUGACAUGCUAAUGAAAAAUCCAUAAUAAAGUUUAUAUUUAUAAAGGAAGAGUUGAUUUGUGUAACUAGAAAUCAUGAGCCUUUAUUUUCAUUUUAAGAAACUGCUUAUUAUGCUGGCUAUAGUGAUUUAACAAUUAUUUAUUCAGCAAAGUGACUCAUUCUGCUUUUAUUUCAGUCAAGAAUGUAUUUUUAUGGCACACUUGUGGAUGCAAUGCUUCCAACUGUAUAUUUUACUCUCUCUGAAGUAUUUUCAAAGAUGACUGUAGUCAUUUAACUUUUACAGGUUUCUUGGUUACUUUCAUGUUUCCUUCAUUCAAAACAAAAUUCUGUGACUCCUCCAGCUCUGUUGUGUCCCAGUUUUCAUCCAAGGCUUCCUCUCCCUUGUGCUUAACAUUUUAGUUCAUCUCUUAAUCUCAGUGUAUCCCUCAGCUAAGGUUGAGGUGUGUCAUUCACCCAUGUUUUUUAUGGCAUUAUUUUUAUCUUGAUCUAAACUUCUCAUCCAUCUAAAGUUUAUAACUUCCUUACAUUAUUCUUUUGGGCUGAAUUAGUAGGAUUAUGGUGAUGUUUUAUCAUGAUUAGUGAUAGCUGUCUACCAUGAUUGACAUAAUGCAUACUCGAGUGUUAUUUCCUAUUUUUUCAUCCCUGAACCACCGAUCUGUUGUACUGUAUUUGUUUGAUAUUGUAAGGAAGAGUUUUGAUGUUAAUAACCCUCGGAUAUGAAAUUUUAAUAUUGCACAAUUAAAAUGUGGUUUCAAAGAUUAGCCGAUAUUGAAAUUGGAGAGGCAUUACGUGAGUGAAGUUUUGUCUUGGUAUUGUUAAGGAUAAUUUACUUUAUAGUUUUCUGAUAUUAUGUGAUGCCGUUCAGUUUCAGAUACGUACUAUUAUGUGAUGCUGUUCCGGUGGUUAAUUGUUUUAAUUGUGUAGUGAUUUAUUGUGAUAGUAUGUGUACUGUAGUUUAAAAAUACAUGGUUAUGGAAACUCAUGUAUGAUAAAAAAAAAUUUAAUCAGUAUUUAUAUGGUUGUAUUUUACGGAAUAGUCUGAUUCUUCGUUUUUAACUUUACUAUAUUUUAUUAAGUGAUCUUAUUGAAAUAUAAAAGACCAGGUAGUUUAGGCAUGUUUCAUUCAAGUGCACUGAUACUGAAGUUGUAUGCGAUAUAUUUUUUUGGCAAUAUGGACAGCGAUUUUUCCUACCUAUGGAUAGGUCAUAUUUCACUUUGGUUUCCCGAGUGUUCCUUCAUUCCUCAAGCUUCAGUGUGUGCAUUUGUGCUCAUUAUACUGUAUUGGCACAUUACCAUUGUUGAUAGGUUUGUUAUUUUUAUUUAUGUCAAAAUUGCAGUAGAUUAUUGAAAUAACACAUCUCAUAAGUAAUAGAUUUGAAUUUUAGCUGUUCUUUGGUGAAAUGCUCAAGAGUUAAUGCAAAACAGUUCAUUUUUAUUAUAGUUUUUCUUUGAUUUGACAACUUAAAAAAUGGUGCUCUUAAAUUAUAUUUAAAAGCUGAUGGCAAUAACUAUCAUUUAGUUGAUUCUGGAAGAAAGAGGUGGUAUUUUCUCAGAAUUAACAAAAAAGUAAGCAUUACAUCAGCUACUUCAUUGCUCUCUAAAUUAUUCUUUCUUCAGAAGUUUGUUGUUUUCAGUAGAAAUGAUGCUUGGGGAAUCUGCAUAUUCAGUUCAGACUUUUUUUGUAUUUUUUUAAUAUCGAUUGAAUUAAAAGAAUUUUUUCAUCUCCAUUUAAGUCUUCAUAUUUACACUUUUUUUCUAAUUAUCAGCCUAAUGUUACAGUAUCUUGUUAUGAAUUUAGGCACUAUUUAUUCUUUGAUGAAUAUCUUGUAAAUUUUUAUUUUAAUAUCUUUUAUUUUUAUUAUUAUUAUUAUUAUCAUCAUUAUCCUAGAAACAAAUCAACAGUUAUGUAUGGGUACAUAUGUAUAAAAAUAAAUAUGUACAGAAAGCUUUCGGGAAUCUGUUGAAACAGAUUCCCGAAAGCUCUCUGUUCGAGGUUUAUUUUUUAAAUGCGUAAAUAUGUGCCUAUACUACAUUACUCAGGAUUUGUUUGUCCAUUUCAGGGCUGAUGCUACCAUGAAUAUUUUUUCAUUUAUUCAUUAUUAUUAUUUAUUUAUUUUUUUUUUUUUGCUCUAUCACAGUCCUCCAAUUCGACUGGGUGGUAUUUAUAAUGUGGGGUUCCGGGUUGCAUCGUGCCUCCUUAGGAGUCCAUCACUUUUCUUACUGUGUGUGCCGUUUCUAGGAUCACACUCUUCUGCAUGAGUCCUGGAGCUACUUCAGCCUCUAGUUUUUCUAGAUUCCUUUUCAGGGAUCUUGGGAUCGUGCCUAGUGCUCCUAUGAUUAUGGGUACGAUUUCCACUGGCAUAUCCCAUAUCCUUCUUAUUUCUAUUUUCAGAUCUUGAUACUCUAUUAUUAUUAUUAUUUUUAUUAUUAUUAUUAUUAUUAUUACACUUGCUAAUUGUAAAAAUUAUUCCUGUAGUUAUUGGGGUAUCACUUGAUCAGCAGUAAGUACCUACCUUUUCUUCAUGUUUGUUAACUACAUACUUGUACUAUAAUCUGUAUUUUGGGUUCAUUGUUUUGUUUCUUGGGCAUUAAGCCAAAAAGAUGAAAGUUAUGAAAUGGCUAAUUAGUUUUAAAGGUAGAAAUGGGUUGUAAAAUAAGCUCAGUGAGGAGUAUAGAUUGUACUAGUGCUAUUGGUUGUUGGUAAUGGUUAUUGUUUGUAUUGAACAGGAUUAUGGAGAAGUAUAAAAAGAGACCUUUGAUGUGAUUGAUGUUAUUACUAUUAGUUCACAAUAAACUGAUUUUAUUUUUAUUGAAUUUUGUGAAGUGCAAGUAUCAUUCAGUUUGGUAGAAUCAUCUUUUUUUAAAGAUGUAGACUAGAAGAUUUUGUUUGAACAUUCUGAAUUUUAUCACUAUUUGAGUUGGAUAAAAUUGCAGUUGUAAUGAAUUCAGUGUCAUUAAGUGAUGUUACUCAAGUUCUCAAUGAAUUAUGACUGUUCCUGCUAUUAUGUAUUACAUUAAGCCCCUUUCCUUGCAAACGCUAGGAGACGCUACAUGAUUAGUCUGAAGAUUGAUGAUGCAUUGAAAUGUUCUUGCCUUACGCAGAGAUGAGUGGAUUUCAUAGCCUGCUGUAGUAUUAAGAACAUUCAGUUGCCAUUGUUCAGUGGUGAUCACUUGGUGUGAGUAUGUAUCUGAGCCUUAAAUUGUCAAUACUUUGCGCAGAGAAUGGAAUUUUUUGCAGUUGUGAACAUAGAAAGCAUUCUGUUGAAGAUCCAACUUAUAUUAGUAAAUGUUUUUACAGUU